AUGCUGAAAGGCCGAGAAAGCGUGAAGCGCUUAAUUGGUAAGCGACGUCGCUUUCUCCCCAAUCGUGAAUCCAUCCUGUCCUCCCCUCUACCUCAGAGGUCAUUGGAUUCCUUGAAGGAAAAACCGGAUGCAGAAGUUUGCGAAGCUCAUCAUCAGCAACCUGACGUGAAUCGAGUUGAAAAUGGUGAUUUUCAGCGGGUUAAUUGCCCCAUUUGUGGGGUAAAAAUUCGUAGCGACGACGCUGUAAUCAACUCCCAUUUAGAUGCAUGCCUGGCUGGAGGGAGGAAGCGAAAAUUAAGCCAACAAACCUUAUUUCAGUUAAAUUUCUGUUCACGACCUAAGGUCCAAGUUCCGCCGAUUGAGUCAGACGGUGGAGGAAUAGCUGAUAUUGUUGACAGCAGUUGCAUCGACAGAAUCGAUUUCAAUGCUGAUCCUGAACUCUAUGACAAUGACACCAAUGUUUUCCGAGAAAAUAGCGGGGAUAAAGCUGAAUUAAGUUAUAAAUCUGUUUUUACUGGGAGCAGAAAAUUAGCUGAUGAUGAGGAGAUCAACAAUCAGGUUGCUUUUCCUUCACUGCCUCAUGGAGUGAUUUCAGAGCUUGAUGUGGGGGAUGGCCAUGGUGAUGAUAUGCCAUCAGAGAUUCUCCUUCAAACAUUUAUUGUUGGCAGAAAAUUUGCUGAUCAAAUGGAGUUACAAACGGAGACAAAGUUAUUCCUUUCUAGAGACCCAGAGAAUGUUAAGGAUGCAAAUGCUAUAAAGGUUCUUUCUGCAGAUGGAGAGCUUUGCAAAGUGGUGGGCUUUCUACCCCGUGAGUUGGCUCAAUAUCUCUCUCCUUUGAUGGACAAAUUCAACUUGUCUUUUGAGGCACAUGUGACUUCAAUUCCAAAGCAUCCACUUGGUGCUGCUCCUGUCCAAAUAGUUUGUCGAAACCAUUUACUUCAGAUUAAAGAGAGCUGUGAAGCUCUGAAUCUUUUCAAGUCCCUGCAGAAACAUGCCAUGCAUGUUGUUCACUCUGAAAAGGCUGGUUUUUCUGGCCUGACAAGAUAUCAACAAAACCUUGCCCUGUUGAUAAAGGAGGUUCUAAAGACCUACUCCCAUAUUCUAACCGAUGAUGAAAAGACGUUCCUAGAAAGGUUGACAUUGCUUUCAGAUGACAGUCAAAGUUUGUUUGCACGCCUUUAUACACGGAAAGGGCCUUGGUAUCGGAUGUCUUCUCUCUCAUACCCAGAGAUACUUGACUUGGAAGGGGCUGUUAAAGAACUCUCUGUUGCAGGCUACAUUUGUUCCCUUAACUCAGAAGUGGACUUUCAAGAUGAUGACUUAGAGGAGAUAAUAAAUGUGCUUAAAAUUGCUGAGCUGCGCGAGAUAGCUAGUAUUCUCAUGAAAAAGAAUUUCACUUGGCCAGGUAGAAAGAAGCAGAAAAAGUGCAUCCAGAGUAUGAAAAAGCAAGAUUUAAUUGGUAUACUUCUGUCUUCACACAAAAAAAGCCUACGUUCCAAUCUCCUAAGAUUAAUUUUACACAAAACUGUGUUCUGCAUUAGAAUAUCUGCAUUAGCCGAGUCUCUUAUAUGGCGAGCUGAGCGGUUAUUUUUCUUGAAUGGGGAGCAGGAUUUGUCUUCCUUUUUGCUUGUGGAUUUAGGAAUUAUGAAGUAUCCAAAUUACAAUUGCAUACAGUCGGACCAUAUAUUUAUUAAUAGGAGUGACCUGCUUUCUUAUGAGGAGGCUAUUGAAGUUGCACAAAUUAUGGAUGAGUCACUUGACAUCAACAAUUCUGAGUUGGUUAUGAGAUGCAUUGAGGUUUCUGAUUCCGGCAUCUCCACUUCUUUAAAAGCAGUUCAAUCAUCAACCUCAAAAUCAAGGGAGACAUUUCUAUCAUGCUUUUCAGCAUCCUGGGUCUACUCCAAGGUGGUCUUAUUAGGGAUUUCUUUUCUCGAGCAUGAGCAGAGGUACAAUGAUGCUAUCGAUUUACUGAAGCGGCUUCUACUCAAUUUUCCUUUUGAUAGAAGACGAGGAUACUGGACACUGAGGCUAUCAGUUGACCUGGAACACGUUGGACGUAUAGAUGAAAGCCUUAAAGUUGCUGAGGAUGCCUUACUGGAUGAAUGGGUUCGUUCUGGUGCUAGAGUGGGCCUACAAAGACGGGUUCUAAGACUUGGAAGACCUCCGAGGCGCUGGAAAACUCCUAGUUUUUCAAAGUCACUUAGAAGGAAGAUCACUGAGGUUCAUGUAGUAGGUAGACCUUUGGCCUGUAAAGUAGGAAUGAGGAGCAUAUUCUAUGGUGAGGAUGGGGAACAAUGUGGAGUUGAACAACUUGCUCUGCAGUAUUAUGGUGGAGAAGGAGGUGCAUGGCAGGGUGUUCACACGGAGAGUGGCAUUUGGUUGACUAUAUUUGGGAUCUUAAUGUGGGAUGUUAUUUUCGCAGAUGUGCCAAAUGCCUUUCUUACAAAAUUUCAGACUGCUCCUCUAGAUCUAGACAUGGACUGCUUUUAUGAAUCAAGAAAGCAACUAAUUGAGGAAGUUCUUGAAAAGGUCAAGGAUGGUAUGGCUGAAGAGAUGCUUAUUUUAUCAUGGGAAUCACAUUUAGGCACAUUAUGUCGGGGAGUGAAUUGGGAGAGGCAUUCCUUGGAUGAGCUUCGUGCUGCUGUAACGUGCAUUGGAGGUGCAUGUAUUGCUUCAAUUUGCAGACAUUUGGCCCAAGAUUAUCGGAGCUGGUCCAGUGGGAUGCCUGAUCUACUCCUAUGGCGCUUCCAUAAUAAUUACAAGGGUGAAGCUAAGCUUGUAGAAGUGAAAGGUCCAAGGGAUAGACUUUCCGAACAGCAGCGUGCAUGGUUGCUUUUUCUGAUGGAUUGUGGCUUCAACGUUGAAGUUUGCAAAGUGACACCUCCAUCUCUGGAGUAA